AAAUGCAUUCCUUCACAUUUGCAGACAGAUGGGACGCGUUGCAGUUCCAUUUGCAAGUUAUCAAAUGAAAUUGUGUUAUAGUGCAUAGUGCAAUCCUAAUCAGAAUGGCCCCGAACAUAAGAUACCGUGUAUUUCGCAUGUUCCGAAAACAAUAUGUGUCAUUGCGCAGCACUAAUGAGGCAGCGAAAACCAUACUCGAAGAACAACGGCUUGGUAUCACAGAACAGCAUCCAUCAACCGAAAAGACUGCUACUGAAGAAGAAAAAAGUGAUCUGGCUGAGGUCAAAUUAGAUGUAAACCCCGUAUCUAAGAAACAAACCGCAGAAUCUGAAGAAGAUUUGGACGAAGAAGAAGAAGAGGAAGAGGUGGAAGAAGAAGUUGAAGAAGAAGAAGAGAUCGAAGAGGAGAUAGAGGAAGAGAUUGAAGAAGAAGAUGAUGAUGAGACAGAAGUGUCCAAAGAGGUCAAAGAACCCACCAAUGAGGCGGUUGAACUAGUAGAUAAGAAAACUUCGGAUACUGAGGUGGUCGCUAAAGCGCUUGAACUUGUAACGUCGGAAAUCGCCACAGAACAAAACGUCGAAGAAACAGAGUCAGUACACGAGCCUCAGGAGUCUCUGCCAUGUGAUUUUGCUGGAAGCGACAAUCAUCUUGAUGCAACGGAAAAUCAUCAUGGUAUAGAUCUUGCCGAGAAGCCCUCUAUUCCCCCGCAAACCUAUUUAUGGGAGGAAGUUAAAAAAUCGAAGGAACAGGUAAGUGAAGGUGGAUACCCAUGGACACAUCUCUACAAAGAACCGCUUGGGCCAGACGACGAGCCAGAAAUCAUUUUGCGGUAUGAACACUCCCCAAUGAAUCGUCGUCGUAAAGUCGAAGAACAUCUGAUUGAUGGAAGUUCUCGCGCAGAGAAAAAAGCUAGAACCGAAAAUGACUGCGAACCAACCGAAAUACAUGAGACUGAAUCACCUCCCCCUGAUACUUCAAGUCCUAGUGAAAUAGAAUCAUAUAUUGCGCCUGGAGCAAGCAAUGGUCAUCCAGAAUCUCCCAGGCGCAGCAGAUCACGUGCUGCAUCCCAUGAACCGCACGGACUGAAAACAGAGUUCAAAGCGCACGCAAAACAUUUUCUCGAAGAACAUCCGAGUAUCAGAAGCUUCAGUAACAGUCUAACUAGACAAGGCAAAAGAACAAGAGCAUUCGUUAGUCGAUCUUUGGAAAGAGCCAAAUCAAUGGCAGAUAAACAAAUCGACAAAGCGAAGGUUCAAAUGAAUACUCUCAGAAGAAAAAAAGCAGCUUCGGAACCACCAACUACUUUACCAAAGCAUAAAAUUUUGGCACUACGUGAAUCACCUAGGUUCGGAAACCGCGAAAUUCCGGCUUACGUAGUACGGCAACCAAGCGAUGACAUAAUGGAUUCUACCACUGCCGAAGACGAAACAGACAGCCCUGAAAAGGUGACUGGGGAGACGACAACAGUUGUGCCCGACGAAAUAAUAGAUUUGCCUCCUCACGAAUUAGAAGAGAUUUCGAAAGACGUAGAAAAACUUCCAGUAGAAACAGUUAAGCCUGAUCGAAUGGAAGUUGAGGAGCAACGGUAUGAAAUAAUUGAAUCUCCUAAAGAGAUUACAACAGUGGUAAUACCUAAAGUUGACGUUGAAGUGCCUCAAGUUUUACUCAUGCCAGAAGAAGAAAUAAAGGCACAACCACCCAAAAAGGCGCCUCGCAAAAAGAAAGAACAUCAUUAUGAAGACAUUGACGACAACGCGGUCUCAAAAGCGGAGCUUUCACAACCCAAACCUAUUGUUGAAACAAAGCUUAAACGACAGCAUGAAAUCGACGGAUUCGACCCAAUCGUUGGAGAGAUGCUAGGCAACGACAAAAUCAAGAUUUCGUUACAAAUGCAGGACGAACAAGUUGUCAACGAUAUGCUCAGUCGUAAACAACGGUUGGACGAGAUUCUUCAACAGUCCUCGGAAGAUGAAAAGGAGAAGAUACCGUGUCUUGGUUUAAUGGCUCCAAUUUCAUCGAUUGAUUCCACAUCUUCGGACGAGGAAGCUAGACGAACUUUACUAUCUACGCUGGCAGAGGAGAGCGACACUGGUAGUGUUGAUAAUGCAGGCACCAGGAAACUGAACUCCCUUAAGCAAAAUGACGUUCCAGCGGCGCUGGAAACUUUCAAAGAUCAAGAAAUAACAACUACCGACGAAGCAGACAGUAAAACACCUACAAAUGAAAAGGUUUCCGAGGAAAAAGUUCCCCCUAAGCAGUUUGAGCUAAAUCCUGCAGAAGAGCGAUUACUAGCCGAAGCCGAAAGAAGACUUCAGUUAACGCCAGUGGAAGAAAAACUGCUAAAUACAGAAACACCUGUAGCUGAUAAAUUUUCAACGCCAAUUGUGGAAACCAAACCCGUGAUCGAUGAACGCUGGUCUAAGAUGAGGUUUUGCUGUGUAUGAUAUACGCGUGACAAAAGCCGAACAACAUCGUCAGAAUCUGUGAUAUUUCCUUACCAAAAAUGGAUUGGUUUGCUGGUGAAUACAACAAGCUGAGUGAAGAAGACGUUUUGGAGAGAGUAUUUAGUCUUAACUACAUUUUCAGGCGCAACAAGAGAAUUUUUCUACGAUUCCACGAAUUUACAUCUAUGUAUUGAAAUCCAAAAUAAAAGUGUUUUAGUAACAUCAAGA